AGAAGCGUAUCCAUUAAAUUACAAAAACUACUGCUUGAGUUCUUCCACCAUUUAUUAUUCACUCUUCUUCUCUAACAACUACACAUACAAACAAACAAAUUAUUCUUCCAUCUUUUCUUCAUCAUCUUCAUCAAUGGCGCCUCCUUCUUUUUCAUCUAUCAGCCCUUCUCAUCCUUCUCGUUCCCACCUCUUCACUCCUAUUCAGGAAGGGAAUGAAAGUGAAGAAACUGAUGAACGACACCGUUUCGGAUCAGCAACAACACCAAGCACGGUUGCAACUUCAUCUACUUGUACUGAUACCAUAAUCCAUCACUAUCCUACUCCACUUCACGAACCGGGUAAAAAACCGGCUAAUAAAUCCCGUAAACUGCCACAAAAUAACUCCGACCGAACCGUUUCUUGCAACAAUUGUCGUCCCACAACUCGUGAAAGAACCUCUGUUAUGGUUGUCCCGGUUGAUAACCACGUCAGCAAGAAUAACCACCAUUCUAUUUCCUCCACGUCACUCAGCCCUAACGGUAUUUUUAAAUCUCUCAUUGCCGGAAUUUCUCGCCGGAGUCCUAAAUCUUCUCCUUCUCCGGCGCCGGCAUCUUCUUCUGCGAAGGAUAGAGAGGAGCACUGUAGGAUUGCUGUUGCGGAACUUUCUCAUAAACUUGUUCAAGCGACUAGAAUAAGAGAUGAAGCUAUUCUAGAAGCUUCUAAACUUAAAUAUUCCAUGGCUGAACUUGAGAAGAAGCUUAACCGUCUUGAAGUCUAUUGUCAUAAUCUCAAAUCUGGGCUAGAAAUUUGUAACCAGGCCCAAUCUCAAAGCCCAGUUAAUACAAAAUUCUCUAACCCAGGUUCUUCAUGGAGUAUCUCAAAUCAUCAUACCCACAACAAUCAUGACGUGAUCAUCAAGAAUUUUUUGGUUUCCGUGUCUGAAGCUCGAUCUUCAAUCAGAUUCUUGAGUAAAUCUCUUGCUUCUCAGUUGAAAUUAAUGGGUGUAAAAGUAUUUGAGAGACUAUCAACUGUUUUAAAAUCAUAUGAUUUUAAACUUUCAUCAUCAUCUUGUAAUAAUAAUAAUCAGUACAAGAGUCUACAAAUUUAUCUAGAAGCGUUGUUGAGUAGUGCUUUCUACGAAGAUUUUGAAUGCUCUGGGUUCAUGAAGAAUUCAAUGGAUAGGAUCCUAAACCCGAUUGAUAGAUGCGAAGCGAAUUAUUCAGCAUACAAUGCAUUGAAAGAUUUGGCAUGGGAGGAAGUUUUGAAUAAAGGAACGAAGCAUUUCAGUGAAGAAUUCAGCAGAUUUUGCGAUAGAAAAAUGAGUGAAAUUGUAGGAAUUUUGGGAUGGAACAGAGCAUGGCCAGAGCAACUGUUACAAGCGUUUUUUGGGGCUUCAAAGAGUAUAUGGUUAGUUCAUCUUCUGUCGAAUUCAGUUCAUCCGAAAAUGACGAUAUUCCGGGUCGAAAAGGGGGCUCGAUUCGACCCGGUUUACAUGGAUGAUAUGGGUGGAGAUAAGGCUAAGAAAUUGAUCCCUACAAUGGUGAGGAUAAUGGUGGCACCAGGGUUCUAUGUUAAUGAUAGUGUCGUCAAGUGCAAGGUGAUUAGCAGGUAUUUUAAUACUAAUUACAAUGAUUUAAGUGUUAAUGGUGUGUGAUUAUUAUAAAUGUCUUAGAGUGCUAAAUAAAACUAAUAAUAUUAAUUUAAGCAUAAUUUGUUGAUAACUUUUCAACUUCAUAUCUUUAUAUCAACACUAUUUGUUUAUUAUGCUUCUAUAGAUUUACAUUUAACAUUAGAAAUAUUGUAUUAUUAUUUUUAGUUUGUGUUAAUUUUUAAUCUAUAAGUCAAAAAAUAUAGU